AUGCUCUUCCUCUGUUAUUUCUUCACCACAGAAUCAAAUGCUUCCAUCUUAUCCGACGAGGAUAAAGCCGAGGUCGAUCUACGCUCAAUUUACGUUGGAAAUGUUGAUUAUGGGUCUACCGCUGAUGAGCUCGAAGCCCACUUCCGUGCUUGCGGCCCGAUUAAUCGUGUAACCAUCUUAUGCAAUAAAUACACAGGUCAACCUAAGGGUUUCGCCUACAUUGAAUUCGACACACGUGAUGCUGUCGAGGCAGCAAUGGCUCUCGACGAUUCCUCCUUCCGUAAUCGCCAACUCAAAGUUCUUCCGAAGCGGACCAAUGUACCUGGCAUGUCUUUGACCAAUCGACCUCCGUAUUUACGUGGACGUGGUCGAGGUCGAGGACUUCCUGGCGGGUAUCGUCCAGUCUAUUAUGGUGGUGGCCGAAUGCGUUUUCCACGUACACGGUAA